ACCUUGCGGCACCGUGUGCGGUGUUUACGAAAAUCGUAUCAAAAUCGGUUCUGUGGCGAGUGUUUUCUGGCGUGGCGGAAUAAUAUUCGGAAUAUAAGGAUUCCGCAUGCCGUUUCGAGCGCAAGUCGAUUCCUAGAUCACUUCUUAUAGAACCGUACUGCUUCCCCGACCGGUAGGUUCGGAAAAAAUAUCCCUCACGUUACUGCCAUUAGUGUCGUCUAGCAAUUUGCAAAAGCAUGGAGCGAAACCAUCGAGAAGAUCAGUGCAAUGAAAUCGAAGCGCUCGAUUCGAUCUACUGCGGAGAGCUGGAAGUGCUGGAAACGGAACCGCUCCACCGGUUCAAACUUCCAAUUGCGACCACCGAAUACGAUCCGGAAGUGGAAACCGAAGGACUGUCCUGCAAGCUAGUGUUUACCUAUACGGAAAAAUACCCGGACACAGCACCUCUGGUAGAGAUUGAAGAUCCGGAAAAUUUUCGUGACGGUUACGAAAAGGGGCUGCUGGAACAUAUUCAAGAAACGAUCCAAGAGAACAUCGGAAUCGAAAUGAUCUUCUCGUUGGUGAGUUCCGCACAGGAGUGGCUGAACUGCAAAUAUGACGAACUGAAGAAUGAAGCUGAAAAUGAGAAGGAGGCAGCGAAACGACAUCAAGAGGAAGAGGAACGCAAAAAGUUCGAGGGCACUCGAGUUACAGUGGAGUCCUUCAUGGUGUGGAAAACCAACUUUGAGCGGGAAAUGGGCAUCACAGAGCGAAAAGAGAAGAUCCUUGGCGAAACGCGAAAGCUCACAGGAAAGGAACUGUUCCUGCAGGACAAUACCCUCAACGAGUCCGAUCUGAAGUUCCUGAUGGACGCUGGAGAACCGAUCGAAAAUGUGCGGAUCGACGAGUCCCUGUUUCAGAACAUCGAAGAUUUGGAAUUGGACUCGGACGAUGACGACGAUGAAGAUUAUGUGCCGGAUGAGAAGUAAAACGGGGAGCAAAGCACGUAUCGGUAUGUGGAAUCGUUAUAUACCUUAAUGUUUUUAUAUUUACUUGCUUAGGACCUUAAAAAAUGUGAAAAGGCAUGUUUGACAGAAUAAGAGCCGAUUGAAGUCGGAAAAGUACGAAA